AUGCCACAACAACAACAACAAUCAUCCUCAACCACAGUCUUCUCACUCCCCGAACUCCUCGAAGCAAUCCUCAUCGCUCUGGGAAAAAUCCAUCUCAACAACAACCUCCCCUCCGGCGGGAAUGAAAAUACAAACUCCCCCCUCGGGCCCGUGAUCCAACUCUUCCCUCUACAACGUAUCAAUCACACUUUUACAAAUGUCAUUCAGAAAUCUACGGAGUUGAGGAGCAUGAUGGGUAUGAUGGGAUGUGGUGGUGGUGAUGAUGAUAAGGGAUUUGAUAGAGUGGAUGGUUUGACUUGGUUCAUGGGACUUAUGAAUAAUUAUUUAGAAGAUGAGAAGAACUUUGGGAAGGAGGAGGAGGAGGGUGGGGUUCCUGUGUUGCUUGAGGAGAAGUGGAGGGUUAGRGGGGCGAGUUGGWGGGAUAUUCACGUUUGUUCUACUUCUGAUUCUCCUGGUAUCAAUCAGACGACGCAUAAUUCAGGAGAGGCGGAGGGAUUAGAGGGAAAGAAGAAGAAGAGGAUAUAUCUCCACUGCCAUCUCCUACCUCCUAGAGAAGGCUUCCUAGACGCCUGGACGAUUUAUCUGGACAUUUCCAACGAUGCCGAUACUGAUGAGAAUGAGGUAGAAGAGGGAACAACAACAACAACGACUCUAGGUCCCCUCUUCAACACCCUCACCUCCACGGUAAAGAGUAUGCAAGACAAAAUCGACGUGGCGGAGAGGAAGCAUGUUGAGGAGACUGGGCAGGAAUUUCGAGUGAGGAGAGGUACGGUUUUGAUGCGGGUGGAUUUCGAGAGGAGGCCGCCGUUGGAGUGGGUUACUCCGAGGAGUCAGUGGCCUGAGGGGGAAUGA